CGAUGCAGCGAGGAAGAUGACAUUGAAUGCGACGCGGUUUGGGGAGGCGGAGAGGCGGCAUUGGGUUUAUAGCCACACCCACAGCCUUGACUUUUUUAUGUCUCUCCUCCACCUCUGCUUUGUAUUAUUAUACAACUUAAAUGCUGCCCCCUCUUCCCUUUGACUCUUUCUUUUUUUCUAUCCCUUUCUUCUCUGUGAGCUUAAUUUGUCAGCGUCCCCAAAUUUUAUCUAUUUAUACACCCCACCCAACUCCCCAUUUCCCCAUAUUUCUCUGCUUUUUCUACUAACUACAACACAAGCCUUCACUUCAAAUGGGUCGCCCUCCUUGCUGUGACAAACAAGGUGUCAAGAAAGGCCCUUGGACUCCUGAGGAAGACAUUGUUUUGGUGUCUUACAUUCAACGACAUGGCCCUGCCAAUUGGAGGGCUGUUCCUGCCAACACUGGGCUGCUUAGAUGCAGCAAGAGUUGCAGGCUGAGAUGGACCAAUUACCUGAGGCCUGGCAUCAAGAGGGGUAAUUUCACUCACCAUGAAGAGAAAAUGAUUGUUCAUCUUCAAGCCCUUCUUGGCAACAGAUGGGCGGCCAUAGCUUCAUACCUUCCACAAAGAACAGACAACGACAUUAAAAACCACUGGAACACUCAUCUCAAGAAGAGCCUCAACAACACCAACCAUUACCCAUCUCCGACCACCCAUCUCUCCGGCGAUGCCCUUUUCACCUCUAGAGGCCAAUGGGAGAGACGCCUCCAAACCGACAUUCAAAUGGCCAAACAAGCCCUCUCCGACGCCCUCUCGCCCGAAACCUCCAAACCCCCACCGCCUCCUCUGCCGAUGGCAGAGUCCCAAACACCCAAUCGCCAAAUUCCGACAUAUGCUUCCAGCGCCGACAACAUCGCACGGUGGCUCGAAGAAUGGAACAAAAACCCACCGACGAACAGUUCUUGCCGGUCCAGCUCACCGCCGGUGGUGGAUUCCGGCGGUGAAAAAGUUAGUGGGGCGGGUUCAUCGGAAUCGAUGGAUACAUUUCUGGGUUUUGAUUAUUUUGAAUCGUCAAAUUCGGAGGUGUCGCCAGAAACGAGCGUUUUUCAAGGGGAAAGUGAAAUGGAUGAAAGUGAAGGAUUGUUGGCAAUGGAAUUGCUCGAGGAAUGGCUUCAUGGAGAUGCUAAAGAUUAUUACUUCACGGAUAUAACAGUAGAUGAAAAGUUAAUAAAGUAUGAUAAUGUUUUAUGAAAUUACAAAUAAAUAUGGCCAUAUAUUU